CUUUCUUCUCUCCUUGGCAUAAGGCAUCUAUCCCUUCGCGACCUCUGCGACAGCUACGAGCUGCUCCUCAGAGUUCCUUCUUUGCCAGAAGUUCCUCCUCCUCCUAUUCCUCUUGAUAGUAACUGAAGGUGCCGCCAUUGUUGAAGUUUGAGGAGGUUCUGCUGCUGCAAACAGGGUGAUGUGAGAUCACAAAGAAGGCUAAGUGGAUAUCUUGUUUUCCGGCAAAUAUAUGUAAUGUUAUGAAGCCAAAGCUCUUUCAAGUCAGUGUCCUUCGAGUGCAAAAAAGGGAAAAAUAGAAGAAAAACUUGAUGUUUUCUGCUAGACUACUUCCUGUUGCACCAAAAGGUAUGUAGAGGUUGAUUCUCUACAAUAGUCCAACACCCAUGAGCAAGAUUUCCAAAGAUUAGAGAAUGUUAAAGUGGCGAUCUCGCGCUGCCUGCAUCAAGUCAGUUUCUAGUAUCAAACAAUCCAUAGAAGACUCAAAUACGAAUCGACAAGAACACAUUUUGUUCUUGAUUUCAACAUAUCAGCUUGGUGGAUGCUUCAAUCAGUCAUGAUAUGAAGCACUGACACAUGGAAACGAUGGACUUACAAUCGUAGCGCAGUGAGUAGAAUACCACGAAUGCUUCCUUGAUAGCUCAAUGCAGAAAAGAUAUGGAAGCUUACAUCCCGACUUCCAACAUGGGCAAAGCUAGUGGACGCAAGAAAGAGGAUGGCUGAUGCAAGCCUCCAUUGAGGGGAACAGUGUGCGAGGUAAUAGGAAGAGAAGGAUGAGCAAGCAUUGCCAACCCCAUCCUAAUCCUGCAAUCAUUUCCGCCCCUAACGCACUGGUCAAUAGAAAGCAGUCUUCGGCAUGCGGGGAAGAGUAGAAUGCAAGCCACAUUAUUCUGUUGUGUGUGCGCGCGCGUUUGAGCCCGCAGUCUCUCCUCGGUUCUUCUUGCCCAGCUGUUCCCAUCAUUACCGUCACCACACGCUCCACUAGAAUAAAUGUGCAGCUAUCAAAUGGUCGUCUGCUGGCGUCCUGAGAACAGCAAAUAGAAAGGGAGCGAGUCAGUCUAAAUGAGGUUAUCGGGAGGUGGAGGAGGAGGAAGAAGAACGAGAAGGAAUCCAUGGCAGGGAUUCUUGUGUCUUGCUUCCGCCGCAGUCUCCACCAUCAUGAUUUGCUUCGCGAGUGACCAUCCGUCGCCACGCAAUGAAUUGCAACCCGCGCAGCUCAGUAAGAGAGAUGUCAACGUUACUCCGGGAGACGUCUACGAGCGCAGGCAAUGGUUGACGGAUGGUAAUGGUAACGGCAGCGGCAAAGGUGGGAGAGGUGGAGGGGGAGGGGGAGGGGGAGGGGGAGGAGGAGGAGGUGGUGGUAAUGGUGGCGGCGGCGGCAAAGGUGGGAGAGGUGGAGGGGGAGGGGGAGGAGGCGGAGGCGGAGGCGGAGGACGUGGUGGCGGUGGCAGCUCGGGUGGCAGCGAAGGACGAGGAGGAGGAGGCGGUGGUGCAGGCAGGAGAAGACGGAGUAGGCAUGAAAGCAGAGACGACAGGGCGGAUGGCGGUCACAACUACAGUUCGAGCUUGUACAGGGUGGGGGAGUACGCCCGGUGCAGCGGGAGGGGGCGGUGCGGCGGAAUGAAGCUGCUCUGCCCCAUGCACUGCGAUGGGCCGUGCUUCUACGACUGCCACAGUAACUGCAGAGCUCACUGCAGAUUCUGAGGAUCCAUCCAUGCACAACGCAACCAGAGAAUCACCCCAUGUUCGUGUGCCGACAGGCGUUUUAUUUUGUUCUUUCCUUUUUUUCUUUUCUUUUUUUUGGCUAAAAGACCAGUGUUUGGUACUUGGAAUUCGUAGUAGCCAUUGAUUGUUUUUGUUGGAACUAGUAUUUACAAUCACUGA